ACCAACCAGCAUGCCCUUCGCCCCUCCCCAUUGUCGUCUUUUGAUGAUGCAGUAGAGGAGCGACAGACACACGCAUGCUAAAAGUGUUUUUGCAAUAUGGCAACAGUGCAAGUUAGUGAGGCUGAAAAAGUGUACAUCUUACACGGUGUAAGGGAUGACUUAAGGGUGGAUGGAAGAGGCUGUGAGGACUACAGACACAUGGAAAUAGAGACUGAUGUGGUCUCCAACACAGACGGAUCAGCCAAAGUCACGCUGGGGCACACGGCAGUUCUGGUGGGGAUUAAGGCUGAGAUUGGAAAACCGAGGCCGAUGGUGCCAAACGAAGGCUAUUUGGAGUUCUUUGUUGAUUGUUCGGCCAAUGCAACCCCUGAGUUUGAGGGCAGAGGGGGUGAGGAGCUGGGGACAGAGCUGAGUAACACCCUCUACAAAGUCUUCAACAACAAGCACAGUGUGGAGCUGAAGGAUCUCUGCAUAUGUGUUGGAGAACACUGCUGGGUGCUCUAUGUGGAUGUUCUGCUCUUGCAGUGUGAUGGAAACUUGUACGAUGCCAUCUCAAUAGCUAUCAAGGCGGCUCUCUUCAACACAAAAAUUCCCAAAGUGCACAUAUCAUCUGACGAUGAAGGAGGGAGAGAAAUCGAGCUGUCCGACGACCCCUACGACUGUAUGAGACUUAAUGUGGAAAACGUUCCCUGUAUAGUUACCUUGUGCAAGGUGGGCCACAGACAUGUGGUGGAUGCAACUCUGCAGGAGAAGGCCUGCUCUGUGGCGAGCCUCAUCAUCUCCGUCACGCACAAGGGCACCGUCACCUGUAUGAGGAAGGUGGGCGGAGGCAGCCUGGAUCCAGAGAGCAUUUUUGAAAUGAUAGAGGCGGGUAAACGAGUCGGGAAAGCCCUCCACGCUCCUCUUAUGAAUCUGCUGCAGCAGGAAGAGAGUCUGGGGAAGAAGAGACAGAAAGUUGGCUUUCUGGGCUAAAAAUCAGCUCCUGUUUCUAAGUUUGUAUUUCCGUGUAUACAUAAUUUUCUAAUAAAAAGUUUAAUUUGUA